AUGUCGCCUAGGAGUGUGUCGCUACAAGUGGCUUUAAUGAAGCCUCAUGAUCUCCACCACCGGUACCAAAUUCCGUUUCGAAAGGCCAUUGAAGUUCAGGCCCUGAAUGCGAAAAAUCUCUCCCCAGAGGAGGCACUUAAGGCAGCAAAAGAGGCCUCCUUAGCAGCCGAGGCAGCGGUUACCGGCAGGCGGCCUUCACAGCUGGUGCGAGAUGCCGAGAAGUUGCAGGAAAAAAGAAGGUUCGAAGCAAAGGUCAAGGAAGAAUUGAGAAGAUUGGAGAAGAUGCGCGUUGAUCGCCUGACCGAUGCAUGUAUAAAUACGUGUAGGUUGCCAGGAUUUUAA